CCGUUCCUUUAAAGUCGGGAAGAGCAAAGGAGGGCGCGUGGAAACUCCGGCGCGUGACUUUGGGAAGCUGCGUCUUCUUCCCGCAUCUGAUUCACGGCUCCUCGCGUUCGGAAGUAGGGCAUCUUCCUGGGAGAACACUCGAGUGCUGCUUUCACGGGGGGGAAAAAAAGAAGCAACAAACAAACAAGGAAGAAGAGCAUCUUUUUCCCACGGGGGAAGACCGGAGCGCGCGUGAGAGAAAGAGAGAGCGACAGAAAGAGAGAGAGAGAGAGGAGGGGGGACACAGGGGCGCGCGCACCUGCCAGAAACGCGCCACAUGGAAAGAGUCUCGCGCAAAAGCGUCCGGAACAUUAAGUUUGGUGAACGUUCAAAGAAUGCCAGUGACUUUGAAGCUGUGAUGGACAGGAACCUGAGAUGGACAAGGGACUUGACUUACAACUGACACUGAAUUUGUAUCUCCGUUAUUAUUUUACCAACCAUUCCUUAUCUCAAAUACAAAUUCAGAUACCUCAUACACAAUGAUCGUGGCAAGUUUACCAGAUGCUCUCACGUGACUCCUGUUCUAUGCCAACAUCUCUUUCCUGUGAAUUUUACGACGGCCCUACUCUUGUUUCCUGGUUGGCGCUUGUCAUGCUGGCACGAGCCACUUUCUUCCUCCUUGUCCUCCUGCACAUGCUGGGGCAGGUUCGAGGCCAGUACGAGCUGUGCAAGUCACUCCUGACCACGGAUGAGGGCUCAGUGUGGGAGCAGCAUGCGUGCCAACCCAAGGCCCAGUCAAUGAAGGAGUUCAUGCGCAUACGUGUGGAACCACCAAGCAUCACGUGUGGCAACCCACCUGAGAAAUUCUGCACACUGGAGAACCCAUAUCUGUGCAGUGAUGAGUGUGACGCGUCCAACCCAGACCUGGCGCACCCACCCCAGUUAAUGCAGGACCGUGAGCGUGGUGGCCUUGUCACAUAUUGGCAGACCCAGACGUGGAUCCGCUACCCUGAGCCGUUGCUGGCCAACAUCACGCUGUCAUGGAACAAGAGCCUGGAGCUGACCGAUGACAUUGAGAUAACGUUUGAGUAUGGCCGCCCUACGGCGAUGGCGCUGGAGAAGUCGCUGGACCAUGGGAUCACAUGGCAGCCAUAUCAGUUCUAUGCCGAUGACUGCAUCGAGGUGUUUGGAAUGAUGCCACAACGGGCCCGUGACCUCACAGCAUCCAACGCAACACGAGUCAUCUGCACCGAACUCUAUUCUCGCUGGGUGGGUGCCAAAGGUGAUAAAGUGGUGCGCUUUGAGGCACGGACCCGCUUUACCAUCUUUGCUGGCCACCGGCUACGUGACAUGGACAGUCUGCGAGCUCGAUUUGAGAGUAAUAGGGGCCUGCGCGACUUCUUUACCUUCACUGACCUGCGUCUGCGUCUGCUUAAGCCAGCACUCGGAGGAACAUACGUGCAAAGGAGCAAUUUGUUGAAGUACUUCUACGCUAUCUCCAACAUAGAGGUGCCUGCCAGGUGUAAGUGUAACCUGCACGCUUCCCUGUGUGUGUUGGUGGACGGGAAUCUGCAGUGUGUGUGUGAGCACAACACCACAGGCCAGGACUGCCAGCGCUGCAAAAAAGGCUUCAAAGCCAAAAUCUGGAAAGCAGGAUCCUACCUGCCAAUUCCUAUCGGCACGCCUAACACAUGUGCUCAGACCGGUACUUCCCCUGGGUCUAACUGUGAGUGUCACGGCCACUCCAACCGCUGCAGUUACAUCGACUACCUGAACAUUGUCACGUGUGUGAGCUGUAAGCACAACACGCGGGGACAAAACUGCCAGCACUGCCGCAUGGGCUACUACAGGAAUUCCUCUGUCGAACUGGAUGACGAGAGUGUGUGUGUGGAGUGUGGCUGUAACCAGAUGGGUUCCCUACAUGACCGCUGUAAUACCACUGGAUUCUGCCAAUGUAAAGAAGGCACAAUGGGCCCCAAGUGUGAUGAAUGCUUGCCUGGUUACCACUGGAAGCAGGGCUGCCAACCAAACGUGUGCGAUGAGGAGCUGCUAAUGUGCCAGAACGGUGGCACAUGCCACCAGAACCAGCGCUGCAUCUGCCCAGAUGAAUUUAAAGGUGUCCUAUGCCAACACUCACGCUGCGAAGACGGGAAGAAGUGCAACCACGGGGACCACAAUGGUUCCUCUGUGCCUGCUCUCAGCCUGGCACUGCUGGUGCUGUGCCCGCUCCUCACCCUCCUGCUGGGUUCUGCAGUCCUGCGUCCUGAAACAGUGCCCGUCUUUCUCCCACCGUCACACACAUCAACAUACACCUGUGAUGGCGCACUGGCCAUUUCUCUGCUGUGCACCCUCAAGGAACCUAGGACUUCCUGGACACAAAAAUAGGGACAAUGAAUGAACUCACGAUGAGAGAUUUGUAAUUUUUUUUUUCUUUUUCACAAAAGAAAAAAAAAACAUAGCCCAAAAAAUUAUAUAUACAUGUAUCAAAUAUUUAUAUAUACACACUAUACAAGUAUCAAUAACAGAUAUCAAGGGUUUAGGCACUAAUCUGAAUCAUGAUUUAGGAAAAACAUUUAUGGCACUAUUUAUGGAUAGAACGAUUUCAGCACACUGAUCAGAAGAGCAAGAGAGGCGCUGCCUUUACAACAACCUGCUGUAUGUAAUGAACUCAUUGUUACACACUAAAAAUAUAUAAAAUGAUCAAUAAUAUAGUAUUUACAAGCUCAGAAAUAGUAACGGUUCAUGCACUCCUCUAAUUAGGAAAUGUCACCACAGCUAAACAAACACUGUAUUUAAGAUGCACAGAACCAACAAAAGAGGGUAAAAAGCAAUGAUGAUGAUGACACUAACAUAUCACGUUCAAAUAUUUUUGGUACAGAUUAUUUUUGUUUGCAUUUACACCUAUACAGUACAUAAAGAGGAGAAUUUAUCACACCUGAGCUAGCCUGUAGUCGAGAUGAGCGUGCAUCACAGUGUAAACGUCACAUGCUGAUAUAUAACUGACGUUUAUUCUGUAUAAUACAAAAGCAGGUUCAUGAGCACAGCUUAUAAUUAUGUCUACUAAAAAACAUUCAUGAAAAAUUUUAAUAAAACAUAAUGACCGGUCACAGAUAUAGGAAUGCUAGAUGCAGCAUUUGCUAAUAUAUUUCUGUUGCUAAUAACCAGAGAUGCUAACUAUCAGAAAUGCUGGUGUACCCUGAUAUGAUUAGCUGGAACUUCUGCUUUAUUUUGGUUCUAUUUUUUUAUUUUCGAAAAAAAAAAAAAAAAACAUAGGAGGUGCUCUUUUACCUCAUUUCUAAGAGGGAGUGCUGUUGUGCUGAAUAUCAGCAUGGCAGUAAUGUUGUCAUAGACACAAGGGUGCAGGCCGAGUGAUUAAGAUAUAAAAGCGCCUCCAACACAUACUUGUAUAACUUAGUUUAUAUUUUGGUCUUGGUUUUCAAUUUUCAGGAAAAAAAGGUGUUUUAGAGGUUAUACGUAUGGAGGGUGAUGUAAAUGAAAAUCUAAAUAUACCAGGACUACCAAUAAUUUAAUUGAGUCUAACUGCUGGAAACUGAAGUAAAUUGGCUAAGUUGCCCUUUUGGGAUAUUUAGUUCAUGGUGCAUGUAGGAGGCGUUCUUUCACCUCAUUUCACCAUUUUCAAGAGGGAGUGCUGUUGUGCUGAAUAUCAGCACGUAUGUGACGUUGUCAUAGGCACAAGAUUGCAGGAUGAGUUCUGAAGAUAUCACAGCUUCACCAAAACAUAUCCUUCUACGAUAGGUGGAACUAAUGUUGAGUUGACGACCCUCAGAGAGAUUGAAUGUGGGUUUUGGCAGGCAGCUGCUUUCUCCUCUUUCCAGUACUGCAGACCUACUUUCUGAGCCUACUUUCCCCCAUGGUGACCAACUGUUAGCGUAAUCACUGAUUGUUAGAACACCUGUGACACGGAGGGAUACAAAGUGUUAAACACCCGGUACUGUUAUGCUGUUUAUCAGCACUCACGGAAUGUCUCUCGUCCAAUCGGAUUACUCUUUAUACGCGGAUACUAACCACUGUAUAAUGUAAAUUAUACAACAGUUAGUUCUUGUAAUCGGUAAUUUGUCAAUCACCCACUCCGCUAGUCACAGUUAGUUAGUUUCACAAGGUAUGGAAAUAUAUGUGUUGGUGGAGCAAAAAAACUGGUUAAAUGCACAAAUCAUAAUCUGUUGAUAAUAAAUGGUGUUUGUGGAACUGUUGUAUAAAAACAAUAUCACACUCGAGGUCGUGUGGUUGUGCUGGAUAUCGGCAUGGCUAUGAUGCCUUCGGCACUAGAGACGCGCCUGAUAUUCAGUAUAACAGCACUCCUUCUGGUGUGAUUAUUUAAUAAUUGAUUAUUAUAAGAAUAUAUAUAUAGAACAUCAAAUUCUAAACUUACGCUACAUUACUGAAUAUUCAGAAUAUUAGCUAAGAACUGAAGUCCACUUAAAGAGAAGCUAAACAGUAUUAAACAAUAAUAAACAGUAGACCUCCCACACCAGUCAGCCUUAACCCUUAAAUAAUGCCCUUUUAGAAAAUAACGGGACAUUUAUGUUCCUGAUUUCUACAAAGAAAAGUAAUUAAUUGUUCUCUGGUUUUGAGAUAUUAGUGAUAUACUCAAAUGCUGUGUGUGGUGAAAGUUUGCAAAAAAAAAUUGAUUUCAUUCAAAGGGCAAAAUCUGCAAACCCAUCCAGUGCUGAUAAUGUGUCUGUUUCAGCACAAUCCAGCAUCUAGUUUUCCUAUAUCUAUAAACAGACCAGACAUGAUUAGGAAAGCCCGUACACAUUAAAUACAAUAAUCGUGAGGACAUUUUUUAUACUGUAAAUGGCAAUAUAACUCAUAUAACUUAAAGAGACACUUGCACUAUUCUGAGAUGCUAUGAGAUGUACCGGAUUAGGAAAUGACCUUGUGAUUAGGUUGACAGGUUGAAAUAAAAAAAAAGAUUAUAUUCUACAUAACAGAAAAGAAGGUUUGUGGGGGGAAAAUACAAUUAUAUCUAUCAGAAAUAGGAAGAGAUGUAUUUAACUGUUCAUGGUUUGAAACAAUGGACAUUAUUAACUACAGAAAUGCAAUAAUUGUUAAAAGAUGAAUUUAACUGUUUCAGAUAGACUUUCAUUAUGAGAGAUUUUGACACUGUUGUAAACUUUACAGUAAAUAUGACUGUUAUUUGGACAAAA